AAUUCAAAAAAAGUACAUGGUCAAAAAGCGUCUGAGGCGCAGCAGGCUUGCACAGAUACCCGCCGGGGUGCAUAAAGGUUUAAAUAGCGCGGUGCCGGCAGCUCAGGCCUUCUUCUCGCAGAAUGAGCCUACAAAUCAUAUACGAUGAAAAUGCAGGAAAUGAUAUAACUGCAGAGAAGUGCGACUUGUUGUUUAGUCCUCCAACUACCGGCCGACCUUCUAUCCUACGGCCCUCGCAGAAAGAUAAUCUGCCACCAAAAAACACUCUUAAAAGCAUAAAGGUGAGUUUUCAGACACCGAUGCGAGACCCCCAGACUCACAGAAUUAUGACACCCAGUGUUGCAAACAAGCCAGAGAGUGGCUUCUCGUUGGAUGCUUGUACACAAGCACUGGAGCAGCUGCACUUGUCUGUGUCCACUAGCUGUGGAACAAAUCCAGAAGAAAUGAUUACCUCUGUUUCCAACAACCAGCCUGGAACUGAUGAUUUACCUGUAAGGACUGCUGGGGCAUAUAGCAUUGAUUUUAACAACUUGGAUGACAUGAACCCAUUUAAGAGUAAAACACAAAUGCUAAACUCCCCAAUAAAAGCUGAUCUUCCAAGCCCUAUGGAGAAAAUAGAAACCAACACUCCUGUAAUUCUAGCAGAUAAAGACACCAUUUGGUCAGAGGCUUUGAAUUCAUCUGCAGCAAAUCUGGAUUCCCCAGUCACAGUUCAGUUCUCUUCUGAAAGCAGCACCUUGGGUGUAUCGGAUAAAGCUGCCCUGGAUGACACCCUUCCUUUCUCUGAGUCCGGCCUUAAAGAUGCACGUGGGUCGGAUACAUCAUCCAAUAAUGCAGAAGAGCCGAUAUUAUUAGAAAAGGACAUUGCUGCUGUGACAAGUUCAGCAAAUAAUGAAGCUAAUGCCCAAAGUCCACCUCUUGUCCCUAAAGGCUCAUACAGUUUUGACCUUGAUCAGAUUGAAAUGAUUGAUCCUUUUAAAACCGGAGGUUCCAAGCUUCAGAAUUCGCCAGCAGGGGAAAAGAAAAAUCCGCCAGAAGAUACAAAUGAGGCCAAAGCUGAACCAGUGAAGCUGGAGUUUAAUUUUGGUGAUGGCGAUGCUCCUGCAAGAAAACCUCCACCCAAAAAACUAGGAAAGAGACCACCUUUUAAAACUGCAACCAAGAAACCAGCUCCGAAACAGGAAAUUGUAUCCGAAACACCAGAAGAGCAAACUGCAAAGCCACCAGAAGAGCAAACUGCAAAGCCACCAGAAGAGCAAACUGCAAAGCCACCAGAAGAGCAAGCCAUUGUUCCAAAGGCAUCUUAUAAAUUUGACUGGGAGAAGUUUGAUGAUCCAAAUUUUAAUCCUUUUGGAUGUGGCGGUUCAAAGAUCUGCAGCUCUCCUAAGGGCCAAAAGACAGCCAGCGAAGAGCAAAGUGCCGGCAUACAGGACAGUACAUCCAAAGCAGAAUGCUCUGAAACUGACAUGGCACCACCUGAGAAUGAAGAUGGGAAGAAGGACCUUGGGGAAACAGAGCCUGCCCAGGAUUCUGUUGCUCCUGAAGAUAAAUCAGAAGCAGAAAAUACAUCUGUGGCUUUAAGUAAUGUAACACCACAUGAGCCAGCUGCUGAUUGUUCCCCUGUGCAAAAUGAGACACAACCAGAAGUUUCUACAGUCAGUGAUGAACAUUUCCAAAAGGAACUGGACCUUACAAGUUCAAAUUUGACUGAUCCAAUAAUAAAUGGAACAGAUAUGGCGUUUAACUUACCCACAGAUGCAGACUUUUUCCCAGCUGCAGAUAUGGACUUUAAACCAGCUUCAGAAAUUUUCCCUGGCGGAUUUGGUCAGCCCAUUGAAAUCGAUUAUCUAGAGAAUUUUGGCAGUAAUUCAUUUAAGGAAUCGGCGCUUAGGAAGCAGUCUCUCUAUCUGAAAUUCGAUCCCUUGUUGAGGGAGUCUCCAAAGAAAAAUGCUGCAGGCAACAACUUGAUUACCAGUCUUCCACUGAAAAGCAGUUCGGAGCUUUUUGGGACAAUACCAGAAGCCAACUUCCCCCUUAUCCAAUCUAUCGAAAAUGAGGAAAAACCUAAGGGACUGGAUCUUCUGGGGACUUUCACAGUUACGGACACUGCUCCUUUAAUUGUUGGUGCUCCAUGCAGUGGUCCUGUUCAAGAUCCUUUCCUUCUAAAUUCUGAUGCCAUUGUUGAGGUGCUGAAGUACAGCCAAAAAGACAUGGAUGCAGCAAUAGAAGCAGUGCGGUUAGAGGUUCAAGAAAAGGAGUUGGAAGUACUGGAGUGGAAGAACAAACAUGAAAAGCUCUAUCUUGAAUACGUUGAAAUGGGGAAAAUUAUUGCGGAAUUUGAAGGCACCAUCACACAAAUGCUAGAGGACUCUCAAAGGCAGAAAGAAAUGGGCAAACUUGAGCUCAGUAAAGUGUUGCAAGAGAAGCAGCAAGUCCAGGUGGAUCUAAACUCUAUGGAAAAGUCUUUCUCUGAGAUGUUUAAGAGAUUCGAGAAACAGAAGGAGGUGCUGGAAGGAUACCGGAAGAACGAAGAGGCACUGAAAAAAUGUGUAGAGGACUAUCUGGCGAGGAUUAAAAAGGAAGAGCAGCGCUACCAAGCCCUGAAGGCCCACGCUGAGGAGAAACUCAAUAGAGCGAAUGAGGAGAUUGCUCACGUCAGGAGUAAAGCCAAGGCUGAAGCGACAGCUCUGCAGGCGACACUGCGCAAAGAGCAAAUGAAGACUCAGUCCCUGGAGCGCUCCCUUGAGCAAAAGAGUAAAGAAAAUGAUGAGCUGACAAAGAUAUGUGAUGAUCUUAUUUUAAAGAUGGAGAAGAUCUGAGCCGCCAAGGCAGAACUUUGUAUAUGUAUGUUUGUCUGUCUGUCCAAUUAUGUAUGUUCAGCACUAAAUAAGGUUUAACUUAUGGGAACAAGUGUGUAGGUUUUAACAAAUAAAAUGACAUUACUACAAACGUCA